AUGGCGAGAACGAGAUCUACCAAACCUGCUCCGUCCGAAUCGAAAGCUGCGGAACCCAAAUCCACUGGCUCAAAGUUUAGCCUUCCUCCUCGAACAGAAAAUGCCUCCAAAGUCUUUGUUCUUCCUAAGAAAGCCUCUUCCGAAGCGCGUAUUGUCACUCUUCCACACCCCAAACAUGGCCGGCCUGCGAGAUACCUGGUGUGCCCUGAAACGGGCAUCUACGAAUUCACAAAAGUUGCGACACCGAAAACGACACCGAAGAGUUGGCUGAUCGAAAAUACACCAAACUCUGCUCCCGCGGAUAGCACCAGCAAAGUUGGGGUCUCAAUGGGCCAGGAUCUCUACUUGGCUACAUUAAUCGACCCCCUAUUCCUGGUCCUCCCAGCAUUGACUGAAACCCAGUCAAAAAGCUCAGAAGGAAAGCGGCUCUUCCUCUCUAGCGAUGACCACUUCGACAAGUUACCUCAGGACUGUUCACAUCUAUCGGAGAUUUUGCGAUGCGACAAGACACGGAAGCUCAUCGAGAGCCGAAUGGCCGUGGUUUGCGAUACUGUCGAUGCAGGAGACGAGAGCAUGUUCCGACUAAACGAGAGCAAACUGGCCAAGGCCGUAUUGGAAAAGGCGCAAAGAAUGCAGGAUGGGGGACUUGCACCAACUAUGGAGGAGAAGUUUGUGAAGAAGGCUCUUGAAGCGCCAAUUCUUGUGCAGAAACGAGAAACCACCGAGACUACAACGGUAGCGAAGACAGAGUCACCAGCAACAGUCUCGGACUCGACAACAGAUACAGAAGUCUCUCAGCCUUCCACAACAGUCACGUCUUUGACAGAAGAGACUACCACCGAGAACAUCGUCAGUGCCAUUGAGGCUUCUUCUGAAAUUGUCUCUCUUCAGAGGUUGCGAGUCGCAUUCAGUUUCAUCUGCUCAGGUUACGUUGCUCAGGCUCUCGCCACCCAACUAGAAGAGCUUCUCAAGAAGGAAGCUCUGGUGGAUUUCUCGCCUCUGGAUGAAUACUUGGCCAAAUUAGCCAAGCUACGCGCCGAAGCCAUGGCUGCGCACUCUAUUGAUUACUCUCGCAAGCGCGGAUUGGAUGAAGAUGAAGACGACGCUCUCGUCAAAAAGAGAAAGAUGGAGGAGGAAAAGAAGAAGAAAACACUUGAGAGUCGUGGAGUCCGGGAUCUCAAGAAGGUCAACACUAAAGGCAUGAAAAAGAUGAGCGACUUUUUCAAGAAGAAGUAA